AUGUCCAGGCGAGAAGUUCCGUUUGGACAUGCAAAUUACCUUGUAAGAGAGUCCCAAGUUCCUCUUGCACUCGCUUUUUCUGAAAAUGUCGCAACUUGCGAUGCGUGUGAUGAUCCAGGAAAAGCAGUAAUGCUGUACUGGCUGAAAAAAUCAUCAUGUUUUUCGAGAAUCCAAGGUGAAUAUACGCAUACUGGCAUUGGUGUUGCAGAAAAUACAAAGGGCCAAUGGUUUUGCACACAGAUUUUUGCAACUUUUAAAACAAAGAUAUCAAAGAAAGAUGGAAUCCUCGUAAUGUCAAGAUACGUUAACAAUCAGCGCAGAAAAAACAAUCUGCCACCCUUAAUAAUUACAAUCUCACCAUGUUCAAGGCUUUUGCAAUAUAGGCAAUCAAAAUCAUCGAAUUUAUCUGAUCUGAAUACUCUUGUCAUCAAAAACUCAUUUGAAAAUUGCGUCGAAGCGAAUUUUAUUUUUGAAAAAGUUGCAAAAACAGAUAUAUGUCCAUUAGAAGAUUUUCUCAAAGCAUUACAAGAAAAUAAAGCUCAUAGCAAGACAAUUCUCAAAGAUUAUACACAUGUUUCUUUUGUAUUUGAUUCGAUCUCGGAAAAAGACUUCGGAUGCGCAUUACUAUUUGCAAAAUGCAAUCCAUCUAAAGUAAAGAUACCACAUAUGUACGCUCCUUAUCCAAAUGGUGCCAAAAUGCUUUUAUUAUUAAAUGAUUACCGAAGUUAUAAAGGAAUACACCCUGUUAUUAUGUCUCUUCAGUGGUGUGAAAUAUCCCAAAUGUAUUGUGAUAAGUUACAUAACGAAGACAUUGAUUUAGAAACCAGGAAGGUAAAACAACGAAUUCAUAAGCUAUUUCCGAUGUCCAGAGCUAAUGUUGGUAUUUACCUUACACCAUGGACACCAGAUCCUCUCCAGGAAAUCUUUUUGAUGUGGAUUUCUAAUUUGAACACAAAACUUGCCAUUCUUGAUCCUGAUUUCAAUGUAUUUGGGUUCGGAAUUGCAUUUGAACCCGAAAAAUAUGUUUAUUCAACUCGUGUAAUCGGAUUCAGAUCUCUUCAAGAAGAUAAAGUCACAGAAGAAAUGUUUUGCAUGAAAAAUAGAUUCCCUUACCAACUUGGAAACCUUACCUCGGAUGAUGACGAUGAUUCUACUAAUUGUAAUGUCACAUCUUUUGUUCAACUUCCUAAUUUUCCAAAUUUAGCUUAA